UAAAAAUUGAAACUUUUUCAAUCUAAACGUGCUCUAGUGUAAAAUCCUUCCUAUUUUGGAGCAAUUGGACCAAUUUAAUUAAAAAAAUUCUUUUUUUAGAAAUUGGAAUUUAAUAAGGGCCCUUAUAAAAGUCGAAACUUGAAAGAGAAUGAAAGGGAUUACACGAGUUAUUUCCAUAUAAAAAUAAAAAACAAAGCUUUGGCUAUACGAUUCACUAUUCAAGAGUGUUCGAAAUACUUGGCUUUGUUUGUAUAACUACAAAAAGCUUGCGCCUUUGGGUUUUUGAUCGGUCGGGGAUGUCGGAAACCGAAGUGGGUCAAAGCUCAAACUCCUCUUCCUCUGAUCAAACAUGGGCUAAGCUUGUUCCCUCCGAUUCAAGAUUUUCAGAUGUUGAGAUAAAGGUUGAUGAUGUUCUUGUUUCCUCCCACAUAACACUUUCUUCUUCUUCUUCUUCUUCUGAGCAACAUCAAUGGUGUCAGAUUAAUAGAAAUUCAGAUUUAUCUUCUGCUACUUUGCACAAUAAGAGUUCUCAUGCAAUCCUUGCUGAUGAUGUUGUCAUCCCAAAUGAAGACUCUGUUGUCAUUAACUGUGGAACUGAAAUUAUUCCUGGUCCUUGUAAAGAAGGGUUUUUGAGCUAUAGAUUCAAACUAAUGCCAAGACCUGAAACCACUCAGAAGAAAUUAAAGAUAAGCAUAGAUGUUGAUCAUGCAAAAUGCUGCAUUUGCUUGAGUGUGUGGCACGAUGUUGUUACUAUUGCCCCUUGCUUUCAUAACUUCUGCAACGGAUGCUUCUCAGAAUGGUUAAGGCGAUCAGAAGAGAAACGCUCGAAUGUACUCUGUCCUCAAUGUAGAGCCGUUGUGCAGUUUGCUGGAAGAAACCACUUUCUGAAGAACAUUGGAGAUGAUAUACUGGAGGCUGAUUCUUCUCUAACACGUUCAAAGGAUGAAGUUGCAGUUUUAGAUAAAUAUGCAUCAAUACAAUCAAACCUUGUCGUUAAGAGUGGAAAGAUGGGUCGUCGGAAGAGGGCCUAUUCACCCGUGGACGAGUUAAGUGGUGGCAUAGAUCUUCCAUGCCCACAAUGUGGUACUGAAUACGGUAGCUUUCGCUGCAAUGAUAACACUAUCCACUUACAAUGUCAAUCAUGUGGAGGAAUGAUGCCUUCACGGUCCAAUGCUAAUGUAACACAACACUGUUUAGGCUGUGAUAGGGCUUUUUGUGGUGCUUAUUGGCAUUCUUUAAGAGCUAUAGGAACAGGAGCUCAUGCAAUGUGCAGUUCUGAGACCUUUAAACCGAUCAGAGAACGUACUAUCUCGAGAAUUCCUUUCUGGGCGCAUGAAAAGAACCGACAUGAGCAAGAUAUUACAGAGAAGUGUUUUAGACAAAUGGGCAGAACACUACAGGAUGUUGUUACAGAAUGGAUUGGAAAGUUGAACAACAGAGAGAUCGAUCGAAGUAGAAUGCCGCUUAAUCAUGCUGAAAUGAUAACAGCUGAGACCCAUUUAUGCAAUGAUUGUUAUGAGAAACUUGUGUCGUUCCUGUUGUACUGGUUUCGGAUUUCAAUACCCAAACAUCUUCUUCCGGGGGAUGCAGCUGCAAGAGAUGAUUGCUGGUAUGGAUAUGGUUGUCGGACACAACACCACAGCGAAGAACACGCUCGCAAAAGGAAUCACGUGUGUCGUCCAACAAGGGGUUCAAAUAUGUAGUUAAGUCAAUUUUGCAUUCGUAUAAUACUGUGCAAACAGAAAACAGAUGGAUUUAUUUUGUGUUCCUGAAUUCUUGACUGGUUUAUUUGCAUAUAUAUCUAUGAAUGAAUGGUUGAGUUACUUUUCAA